AUGUCGCAAUCAACAUCUACAAGCUUCUCGGCCGAUGCGGUGCCCAAAGCUCCAGAAGAUCCUCUUUUUGGGCUGAUGGCAGCAUAUCGAAAAGAUACCGAUGAGAGAAAGGUCGAUCUAGGAAUUGGUGCAUAUAGAGAUGACAAUGCAAAGCCAUGGGUGUUACCUGUCGUGAAAAAGGCGGACGAUAUCCUACGAAACGACCCCGCGCUCAACCACGAAUACCUUCCCAUCGCCGGUCUAUCAGAAUUCACAUCCGCAGCUGCGAGACUAAUUCUUGGAGCCGAUUCCCCAGCAAUCGCAGAAAACCGAACAUGUAGUCUCCAAACCGUUUCGGGAACUGGAGCGGUCCAUCUGGGAGCUCUCUUCCUCGCACGAUUCUAUCCCGGUAAACCAACCGUCUACUUCAGCAACCCGACAUGGGCAAACCACAACCAGAUCUUCUCCAAUGUCCAUCUCCCUAUCGCAACCUACCCAUACUUCUCCAAAUCCACCAAAGGUCUUGACUGGGAAGGCAUGAAGCAAGCCGUCACAGAUGCCCCAGAACACAGCAUCAUUCUCCUCCACGCCUGCGCCCACAACCCCACCGGCGUCGACCUCACCAAAGCACAAUGGAAAGAACUCGCCUCGGUCAUGAAACAGAACUCCCACUUCCCAUUCUUCGACUGCGCGUACCAAGGUUUCGCCUCGGGCGAUCUAGCCAAGGACGCGUGGGCGCUCAGAUACUUCGUGGAACAAGGCUUUGAACUCUGCGUCGCCCAGUCAUUCGCCAAGAACUUCGGGUUGUACGGCGAGAGAGCUGGCUGUUUCCAUUUCGUGACGGGUCCAGGGACGGAUUCGCAGAACACAAUUACAAGAAUUGCAAGUCAGCUUGCCAUUCUACAACGUUCCGAGAUCUCGAAUCCUCCAGCUUACGGCGCGAGGAUUGCAAGCUUAGUGCUCAACGACCAAGCGCUCUUCGCUGAAUGGGAAGAGAAUCUACGUACCAUGUCUGGUCGAAUCAUCAGCAUGCGUACCGCUCUACGUGGGAAACUAGAAGAGUUGAAGACACCAGGGACUUGGAAUCACAUCACCGAUCAGAUCGGCAUGUUCUCCUUUACCGGUCUAAGCGAGAAGCAGGUGUUGCAGCUGAGAGAGACGGCACAUAUAUACAUGACCAAGAAUGGACGGAUUAGCAUGGCGGGAUUAAAUACACGAAAUGUGGAGUAUGUUGCUAAGGCGAUAGACAAGGUCGUUAAGGAGACGAGUUCUUGA